AUCGCUUAUGCGCGAUCCUUGCCAGUGUCGGCAGCUGUGCGGAAAGAUUCAAUGGUGUGCCUGCUCCCUCCCUGUGAUCCACCAGCAUCCUCAGUGGGCUCUGAACCAGCAUCCUUGUAUAGAAGCUCAGCUUGCAGAAAGCCAGGCGUGGCACCUGCGCAUCAGCUGGGACUACUGCUAGGUCGCCAGGCUCAUCCAUACAAUACCUAUGGCCAGCACCUAGGACUCCGGCAAGAAGAGGCGACCACCUCUGCGGCUCGGGAAGUGAUGUGCCUCAAUGUAAAAUGCGCUCUGCCAAAAGCGGUUGCUGGGAUUUGGACGGUGCUGACGCAGGCUCUGGAGGUGGCAGGGUCUUGAGACCUCCUGGCGGUGGCUCCAGCUUCGUCUUCGGUGAAGGUGCAAAACAGCAACAACAACCAGCUAGACGACACAUGAUGGCUUCCAACAUAUUUGGCAUACCAGACAACGAACCGGCCCCCACGUCCUGUGCUUCUGAGCCAGGAGUUUCUGAAAGCGCAGCUUGUGGGGAUGAUCCACACCGAACAUGUACAGAGGAUGAAUACAGCGAUGCCACAGAACACACAGAAGGUGAAGCAGAAGAACCUGAAACGGAGCCCGCAAAAGAGGCUUGUGGAGAACCCGCACAGCCCGCUCCACCCGUCGCUGUACCCAGCAGAAGAAACCCUCCUGGAGGAAAGUCCAGUCUGGUCUUGGGCUGAACAGUUACACCACUAAGGGUUUUUUUGUUUUUUUUUUCCAUGUAUGUCUGUACAUCUCUCCUUGGUUUAAAGCACUUUUUUUCCUGACUUUUGUACAAAUGGUUACAUGUAUUUUUCCCAUUUCCCUGGAACUACUAGAAGAGGCUUGAAUGUGUUUUUCUGGUAGCCAUGUUUUCUUAAUGUUUGACAUAAUAAAGAAUAUUUAAAUGUUUAAUCUACA